UGUCUGUCCUUUCUUCUCUGCUCAUUUCGCUCGUUUCAAUGAUCGUGCAAGAAGAGAUGCGGUUAGUCAGAUUUUUAGCUUCGUGAGGGCGCAGUGUGUCACCGGAGAGUCGCGCCGUAAAAUGACCGUCAGUAAAAGACGCAUCGACAUCUGAGUGCGUUUGAGGACAGACACGAUGAUGACGAUGAAGACGACGAGACGAGCGGACAGCCCGCGCGCUCAGCCUGCUUUACCGCAGUGGAUGCGCAUGUAUUUCUACGGGAUGCACGGAGUCACGCUUGACAUCCUGCUGUCGUCCGCGUGCAGGUUCCUGGAUCACAACGACUUCAAACUGCUGGGCUUCUCCUCUCCGUAUCUGUGCGUCGUGCAUGCUAUUACGCAUCUGGUUUUGGAGAAGAUCUACCUGCAAAAAAGAUGCUUUCAGGAGCGACCUGUCGUUUUCCACCUCGUCUUUUACCCGUCCUUGUACAUCUGCCUGCAGAUCCUAAUAGGGAAUGUGGUGACCUGCACGGAAAACAUCAGAGUGGUUUCCAUCACGCAGCUCGUUGUGCAUUACAUCCUGGCUUUGUACUUCACAAAUGUCUUUCAUAAGGGCUUCCUGAGUCUGCAGUAUCAGGAAAAGCGGGUGUUAUUGAGGUCAUCCCGCCCGAAUGGGUUACACGGCGUCCUGCGCUUCGUGUUCUUCGGGAUGCAUGGCUUUCUGGACGAGGUGCUCUUCACCUCUGUGUUCAACCUGUUUGAGAAAGCGGACCGGGACUUGAUGGGCCACACGUCCCUGUGGUCCUUCUUCAUGUAUGGAAGCUGCAGCUUCGUGGUGGAGAAGCUCUACCUCCAUCUGCACUUCAGGAGAGGAUGGGGAACCUUGCAGCGGCUUCCCAUCUACAUCUGCUUCAUCUACACCUGGGAGUUCAGCUGGGGCUUCGCUCUGAGACAGUAUGGGGCCUGCUCCUGGGACUAUUCCCACUAUCCUCUCAAUUUCAUGGGACUGGUGACAUUGCUGUAUCUUCCAGGAUGGGUCUGUCUGAGUCUGUAUCAAGACGUCUUGUCGAAUGUUCUGCUGAGGGUUGUGUGCAAAGAAAGGAAUGACGAGGAUAUGCCAAACGCUGGCGCCAAUGGACGCCUGCUGCCAAAAGGGAAGCUGGAGGAGGACAAACAGCAUGUGGGCUUUACCUAAUAUAUCCUCCUGGGACCAGCAGAAAGGCGUUUGAGCGUUUGAUGCUUGAGAAAGAAUUGAGAAGCUUUUUCAAAAGAGGAGGUUUGGGGCUAGUUGUCACUUCAGGUUUAUUUUUGAAAGUCAAUUUCUAUAGACUCGCUGUAGAUUUCAGAAAAAAUAUUAUAAUACUGGCCUUUAAACACUAUUAGUGGGGCAAGUUGUCACACUGUAUGGGGUAAGUUGAGAACCUGGCUUCUGUUAGGAUAACAGGCUGUUUAAUAGCUUUUUUGCUAUAUUUAAAUAAUAAAUUAAUUGUGAAGCGCGUAAAAAAAGCAUGAAACCAUAAAAAUGUUUACAUUGACAAAUAUUUUUGUUUUAGCCAAAAGUAGUGAUAAUAUAGAAUAUAUAAAUAAUAAUAAUUUAUAAUAAUUUAUAUGGAUUUUAUGUAUAUUCAUUUAAAAUUUGCAUUAUUAAUAAAACUAAUUAUGUAAAAUUACAACGUUUAAUACACGUCACAGCUUGCCCUGAUAAAACUGUGAAAACUUAUAUAUAUAUAUAUAUAUAUAUAUAUAUAUAUAUAUACAUAUAUUAUAAAAUAUAUAUUAACAUAUUUUUUCUUUAAGAACAUAAUUUUUAAAACAAUAAUAUUUUGUUAAAAACGAGUUUGGAAGUAAACGAAACAGCUGGAUUACAUUUCCCCCCAAAAUACAAUUUCAGUCUUUCAACUUAAAAAUGUAUUUUUUAAUUCACUGUCACUUGUUGUUUCUUUGCACUUGUUUGUGAAAUGUACUAUCAAUUUCUGAGUGAAAACAGUUUCAAAGACAAGACAGAUAAUAUGAUAAGACUGAAAUUGUAGUUAUUCAGAUGUGACUGUUGGACAAGUUUCAUGUGCGACGACUAGCACCGUUCUCUCCGACUUUAUUUGAAUCUGUUCAUUGUAUGAGGUCACAUGAUGUCAUUUUAAGUGGCUUAGUAAUAAUUCACCUUACUGGCCAAAUCCCCAAACAUUUGCUAUGACAGAAAAGCCCAGGAUGUGCACACAAGGACAGACGCACCUGCUCCCAGAGGUAUAAACAGAAAACCCAUAAAUUGCUGGUUCUCAGGGGGACUUUUGUACUAGCGAACAUUUCCUCGGAGAAACAAGGGUGGCUGCAUUAGCAGGCUUAAUGUGUUUUUAAACCUGAUGUGUUCAAGAUAAACCUUAUGAACUGCCAUUGCACACACACACAGCAGGAUUUCACAAAUUACUAACACAGAUGCCACUGCUGGGCUCAGAUGGUUAUUGAAUAUUGGGGGUGUGGAUGAUAGUUUAACUGCAUGAUGGGAUUUAUGAGGACGAUCUCUCCUCGUAACUGCAUGCGUCAGGAUUUUGCAUGUGGAGACAGGAGCAUUAGUCUGAAAAUGAGCUCUGCUUACACCAUAACACACUGAUUGUGAGAGAAACUGACUCUUUGCGGAGCGAUUCCUUUAAAGAGUGCCUUCUUUAACACUUCUAGGCAGCUGUAAUCACUUCUGUAAUCAAAACUCUUUCGAAGCAUUACAUCCAUACAGAAACAAGUAUAGGUGUAUCUCAGUUCAUCUGUAAAAACGAGGCCUCAGGGUGCAGAGUUUGAGGAAUAGAGAAAAACCAUUUGUAAUCGAGCAAAUUACGGCAGCUAAAGCUGAGCAUUUACGAACAAAGCUGUCUCAAAGUAUUGAGACUUUCACAACGGUCCGACUUCAUGAAACAUACGAGCACCGUGCACUGUGAAUAACUACUGCGGUCCCUUGUUUUUGAACAUAUGACUGAAUUGUUCUAUAGUCCUUGUCUUGGUGAAAAAUUAUUCAUUUUCCAAAAGAUUUCUUAGAGAGAAACUGCCAAAGCUUAGAAUAAUUAAUUUUUAAAGGACUAGUUCACCCAAAAAUGAAAAUCUGCUGAAAUGUACUCCCCCUCAGGACGACGAAGAGACAGAUGAAUUUGUUUCUUCAUCUGAUUUGGAGAAAUUUAGCUUUAUAUCACUUGCUUACUUGCUGUGCAGUGAAUGGGUGCCGUCAGAAUGAGAGGCCGCAAGUAAUCCACACCACUCCAAUUAUCCAUCAAUUAACAAGGAGAAAUCAAAAUUAUGGAUAGAGGAAUCAUAUUUCAGCCUGAAACAGGUAUCUUUUCAGAAGAUGUUAAUUGAUUGACUGGAGUGGUGUGGAUUACUAUGAUGUUUAUAUCAGCUGUUUGGACUCUCAUUAUGACGGCACCCAUUCACUGCAGAGGAUCCAUUGUUGAACAAGAAACAAACUCAUCAGUAUCUUGAACAGCCUGAUGGUGAGCACAUUUUAAGAAAAUUGUCAUUUCUGUGUGAACUAUUCUAUACAUCAGCUAAAAACUGUGAUUUUAGCAACUUUUUAGAAAAUAAAAAAUCCAGAUUUCGUCUCUUUUGAAGAACAGACAGCUUUGUACAAUCCGUAGACGUGACUGGAUUCGUUUUCCUUCACUUGUUGUAAAGACUCUUGGCGGCUGCUCAAAUGUUCUGUUUUGUCCCUCUAACUUUGAGGAAGAACAUUUAGUGUAAUUGGAGGAAUGGGUUGGUGAUGAUUUUUAUCAUUUUUCCUGUCUAUGUAAUUAGUCCUAGAGCUAGAUCAUUUUAUGGAUGUUAGUCUGAGGCUAGAAUAGCAUAAAUCAUUCGAUGCACUCCUUUAAUUUAUUGCAUUUUAAACUUGUAGCACAUCUUUGUCUCUGUUCGGACUAUGCACUAAUUACACUGAUCAAAUUAAAGAGAUCAAACGUGA